AUGGGUCAACCUCCCCCUCCCGCGUGCGCGGACGACGCGUGCGACACCGGCAAGUGCACGUCGUGGGUCGACGAGGCCCUCGACGCGGCCGGGGAGGAGUACGCGGACGCCCCGAGGCCGGGCUCGUGCUGCGAGAAGGAUGCGAAAGCGCAGAAGGAGGCGGCGCGGAUCAAGCGCAUCUUGCGAGCGCACGACCCGGUCGCGCGGCUCGAGGCCGUCCGCGCCGCGGGCGGGGUCAUGGAGCGCGCGAACCUGGACGAGGAUGAGGAGGACGAGGACGAGGAGGACGAGGACAGCGACGAUCUCCUCACGGACGACGACGACGACGACGACGACCUGCGGAUGGCGAGCACGAUGGAUCCGGUCCUUCGAGAGAUUCACGAACGACGGCUCGCGGAGAUGAAAGCCGCGGCGGCGAAGAACGCCGCGACGCGGCAGAGGGAGGGCGCCUCAUCGUAUAACGCCGCGAAGGAGGCCGACAUCCCAACGAUCGUGAAGAGCGGGCCGUCGCGCGUCGUGUUCCACUUCGUCUUGGAAGGGAUGGACGAGUGCGCGAGGAUCGACGAGGUGCUCGACGCGCUCGCGCCCGCGCAUCCGAAGACGCGGUUCGUCCGCGUCGACGCCCUAUGCCCGAGCCCGAUGCUGCGGACGAUCGGCGCGCCGACGCUGCCCGCGGUGAUCACGUUCAGGAGGAAGAAACUCGGCGCGUGGACGUGCGGGCUGAACGACUUCGGCGGCGUCGAGGGGUUCGACGAGGAGAAGGUGAUUCGAUGGCUCGCGCGCGUCGCGGGCGCGCUGCCGGGGCAUCCCCUCGCGCCGCCACCGCCUUCGAAGGGCGGCGUCGCGGGGGGCGCAAACGGUGACAGCAGCGACGAGGGCGAGAAGCCUUCGAAAGGCCGCGGCGCCGACGGCGACGGCUCGGACGACGACGACGAGGUCGUCCCGUGCGAAGCCGGCGAGGGCGCGUGGAGCGGGGUGGGCGGGACCCCGUGCGAGACGUGUGGGAGGCGGUACCCGCAUCAGCACUUCAGGGCGCUGAGGCACGGGGGUGAGCGCGAGCGGAGAGGGUCGGACGACGAGGAGGAGGACUCGGAUUGA